AUGGCCACCGCUCUUCAAGCUGCCGUCCCCAGGCCACACAGUGCGGGGGAGCAAUUCCUUCUGAAGGAUCAGGAGGCGAACAACCCCGACGUCCGCCGCGCCGAAGAUGGCGACAGGAGUGUCCCCUGGUUCACCUUGCUGGGUCUCACCAUUCUCACCUUCAACUCCGGGAUGGCUAUCGUCCGGUCGCAAGGAGAUGCGAUGGCCAUUGCCUUCGUCGGGUUUUCCUAUGCCGAUCUGCUCGCACUGUUCGCCUGCCUGAGGAUGUACGAGCGAGCACCUGCCGGCUCGUCCACGAGAGGGUGGCUCAAGGUCGCUGUGUGGAUCUUGACGACGCUACUCACCUUCGCUUUCUCUUCCAAAGUCGCGGCCGUUAUGCCACCCACGGUGGCGCUGCUUGUGUGGCUCGUGGCUUUCGCGACUGUUGCCGGAGGAUUCGUCGCCUUCUUCGUCUACAAGGAGAAGCAAUGA